AUGCGCCCAAAUCCAUCUAAUGAGGAAGUAUUGGAGAAGCUCAAAGUCCUAACAGAGCAAGUGGCAUUCUUGGUGAAAACGAAUAAAGAAAAGAAACUUUCGGAUCAGCUCAAACGUGAAAUACAAAUAGAGAGUGGAAACGCUAGUUGCAACAUUGGUCUUAAAAGUCCUCCUGAGGGUGUCUCUACUUGCGUGCUAUAUUUAUCCUCCCCUACUCAUCGCAAGGUUGAAAAAAGAACAUUGUACAAUACUUUGGAAGAAGUAUUACACAAUACUCCGAUCCCUGUCGGCCAUGUCAAAUUAUCACUCGUGAUUGUUUUUGAACCAAAUGCACCGUUGCAUAUACCGGACAACGAUGGAGAUAUGAAGCAUUUGGGAGAAGCAAUAGAUCGGGGUAAAUCCGUUGCUGCUCCUAAAAUAAGUCAUCCACGCCUUGCUCGAUUUGGGUCGUGUCUUGAAAUACAAGCAAAAAAGAAUAUGGACAGCAACGAUUCACGUAUCAUAAGCAUGGAGGAAGCUAUUUCCGGAGAUGGGUUUUUGUAUGAAAAGUUGGUGUGCACACGCGAAUUGUCAGAUAUAUUUUCAUUAUUGUCUCUGCAUAAGCUUUCAAUGUUUAAGCUCGAUUCAGUUAAUGUAAAGAAAUAUGUUGUAGAUAUACUAUUGAGAAAUAAAGAGAAUGAUAAGUUGUUCCUUGCGCCAUAUAAUUCAGGGGCACAUUGGGUGCUGUUUGCAAUCAAUGCAACCUCUGAUGUUAUGUAA